UGCGGAGCCAUCACAUUGGUUCUUGAAAAAAAGAAAAGAAAAGAAAAGGAAAAGGCACGAACCUCUUUUUCUCGUCGUCCAUGGCGAUAGAACUCCUAGGCCAGAGUCGAUUGCUGAUCUCCCCUCGACCAACACAAAAUCAAUUGAAAACACAGCGUUCUCUGAUUGACCAUUCCCCUUAACAAAAACCUCUCAUCGGAGUGCGCGAGUCGGCUCCGGUCGGCGCUGUAUGGCGGCAAAUCAGGGAGCUCCGGUACCUCGGUGCUGUGAAUCUGCGCCCAAAGGCGGCUUCACUCGCAUGAGGCCAGGAACUCGACGGAUCAGCCCAAGAUCUGGCGUAGCGCCGGUUGCUCGGUGCCUUAGUCGGGCACCGCCGCCGCCGCCCGCCGGCAAGACCGCCCUGGCUCGACGGACUACAGCGGGGAUGGAAGAAGGGCGGCCGAAGCGACGGGCCAAACCAAACUGGCUGAUUGUGUCGACACACUACAGGGUCUAUGGCGACUACCUAUCUGGUUGUGGAGGUUAUAAGCGCUGAUAUACCCUCAAGCAGCAAUACCUCCCAGACCAACUAUUCCGUGGAGCUUCAUUUCAACAGUCAAAGUAAGAGUACGACCAUCAAGGAAAAUGUUGCUGUAUGGAAUGAGAGGUUCUCUUUUGAUAUGAGACAGCGAGAGGAUCCUUCUGGUAACCUCAUUCUUGAAGCUGCUGUCUACUGCUUCGAUCAGAUGAGCAACUCCAAGUCAUUGCUUGGCAAGGUCUUGCUACCUGAAAAAUAUUUUCACCGCCAUUCAGCUAACGUAGAUCCGAUGCAAUAUACAUUGGAUAAUACAGAGGGCGUCAAUGCAAAAGUGCUACUUAAGUUGUUCCUUACUGAUGCUGUUGAUAGGAUUCUGCUUGAAACUGAGGAUCGUCAUACUCAUCAAACUGAGGGCAAUGGGUUAAAUGGCAUUUACAACUACUUGUUUCAAACAAAUUAUGGUUAUGGCAAAGAUCAACAUGAUGAUCCGGUUGUCCUGGAGACUGCCGGUUUUGAUCUGAUGGAGAUCAACCCAAAUUUCGAGCCUGGCAGGUUGUUUGAGCGAAUGCAGCUUCUCUUUGUGCGUGUAAUAAAGGCUCGCAAGCUGCCGGACAUGGAUGCCAAUGGCAGCCUUGAUCCCUAUGUCGAGGUCAAAUUUGGUGCUUACAACAGGGGUGUCACCAGAUGCUUUAAGAGGAACAAGAACCCAGAGUGGAACGAGACUUUUGCUUUCUCCUUCCAGCAUGACAAGAUUCCCAGCCCCACUGUGGAUAUCGUAGUCAACGAUAAGGAUCUGGUCAGAGAUGACUUUGUAGGGAAGCUACACUUGGAUCUCAAGAACAUUCCAAAAAGGUCUCUGGAUGAUGUCCCACUGGAACCAACAUGGUACCCACUCCUCGACCAGGACGGGACAAAAUUAGCACAGGCCAGCUUGCUGCUCGCGAUUUGGAUAGGGUCACAGGCUGAUGAAGCAUAUCGUCAUGUAGGUUUAUCAGGGUAUAUACCCAAAGUGUAUGAGAACCCAAACCUAUGGUGCUUGCGGGUCACAGUAGUUGAGGUCCAGGGUGUUACAGUAGGAGACGAUGAACAGGAGGACAUGGCCGGCUGCAACACAGGCACAGACACAGGGGUGUUUUGCAGGGCAAGGUUAGGGAAACAGGUUCAGAGGACUAGGGCACUUGGAAGUUGGAAAGCAAAGGACAACCAGUGGUAGCUAUGAAUGGAAAGAGGACCUUUUAUUUGUUGCUGCAGAGCCAUUCUUUGAGGAUGACCUUGAGCUACAUGUGAUUGUUGCAAAUCCCGGUAAAGAUGAGGUUGUCAUCGGCCAACAGACUGUACCAUUGUCUUCUAUAGUAAAAGGAGGCGAUGAACACGACCACUUUGAUGUCAUGCCCAGCAAGUGGUUUGAUCUUAAAAACCCUGAUAAGCCACAGUUCGACAGUUCUGUGGAUGAUGGCAAUGACAACAGUAGCCGCAUGCGAAUUUGCCUAAAGAACAUGCUGGAUGGUAGAUAUCGUAUCGUGCAUGAUUCUAAAGGCUAUAUGGAUGACACUAGACCCGCUGACAGGAAACUCUGGAGACCCCCAGUUGGUAGGGUUCAUCUUGGGAUAUUGCGCGCUACCGGCCUCCCACUUAGAAUGGGCAAAUCAACAGUGAAUCCGUAUUGUGUUGCAAAGUAUGGUGAUAAGUGGGUACGGACCCGCACAAUCCUCGAUGGCCCUGAACAUGUAUUCAAUGAACAGCAUACGUGGAGCGUCUAUGACAUUGCGACCGUACUGACUGCGGGUGUUUUUGACCAUUUCCCACACACGCGUAAAGCCCAUCGAGAGAUUGGCAAGGUACAGAUUCAUUUAUCUUGCCUUGAGACUGAUCGAGUAUAUGCACACUCCUACCCUCUUAUCAUUCUGAAUCGCCGUGGGUUCAAGAAAGCCGGUGAGCUGCAGAUAGCUGUGAAGUUGUCAUCAGAAUCUUUUAUCAGCCUAUUAGGCAUGUACGCACGGUCCACUCUGCCCAAGAUGCACUAUGAACACCCCCUGACAGUAAUGGAAGAAGAUAAGUUUCGUUCAGAGGUAGCUGAGGUGAUGGCCCUUCGAUUCAGCCGGGUGGAGCCGCCCCUAAGGAGUGAGAUUGUUGCAUACAUGUGCAACGCCACCGGAGGCACCAGCUGCUGGAGUAUGAGGAAAAGCAAAGUGAACUUUUUUCGACUCAUGCAGGUUGCUUCCCCAUUCAUUCAUUUGUUUCAGAGCGUGACCUCAUGGAAGAAUCCUGCCGUUGCCUUGAUUUCUUGUGUCAUCUUUGUCCUGGCUCUGUGCUUCCAUAAGCUAGUACUCUCGAUGGUGAUCAUUUAUUUUGUCUUAGUAGCUUUGUGGAAUUACCGGUUCAGACCAAGGAAGCCUCCUUUUUUUGAUCAUAAAGUAUCUUGUUUAGGCAGUGUACAUCCAGAUGAGAUUGAUGAGGAGUUUGAUAGUGUCGAAUCAAGUUGUAGUAUUGACCUGGUAAGAAUGAGGUACGAUAGACUGAGGAGCGUUGCCGGCAGGGUUCAAACAGUUGUGGGUGAUGUAGCAACUCAGGGGGAGAGGAUCCAAUCAUUGUUAUGUUGGAGGGAUCCUAGAGCAACUGCAAUCUUUCAGUUCAUCAUUGUCAUGGUAUCGAUUGUUGUGUAUUUUGUACCAAAGAAGGUUCUUGUGGGAAUCGCAGGAUUUUACAUAAUGAGGCACCCAAGGUUUCGGAAGAAGAAUAAUACACCAUCGAUCGUUGAGAAUUUCUUUCGUCGAUUGCCAGACAAGCAAGGUACUCUCAUAUAAUACAUAGCAGUAACACUUCAUCUAUAUAAAGCUUGGUGCUUUCAGAAGAAGAAUACACCAUCGAACAUUUGGAAUUUCUUUUCUCGAUUGCCAGACAAGCAAGAUAUUCUCUUGUAAUAUUGUGCUCAGCAUUGCACUCUUGAUCGAGUAUGUUAAGUUGCCUUAGCAGCCUUACCUUCCAGGACAUGUUGUUCGACUCAAAUAACUAGACUGUACCAUUUUUUAUUCUCUUCUUUGGUUUAGGACACCAAUCACAUCACAUCUGCGUAUUACCACGGUGUUGGUGGGCUGUACGUGUAUUUCUAAACAUUGUAAAUACUGAAGUAGUAGGUUACAUCGUCCCAACAACUAGUGGUCUAGUAUUCUGGAUGGUAGUCAGCUGUGUGAGGAGGAACAGAUCUUACAUUGUGAGAAACCAUAGACCACCAUCGUGGAUCGCGCUCACGCUGCACAGCUAGUAAUUUGUUGUAAUCGUUGUUGUAGUAUUGUGCCUGUUUGAAUGGUUAUGUAACACUUUAUGUCAGUUUUGUAAUACUACUACUUAGAGCUGUUUUUUUUUUUUAA